CCCAGAAUACAUGCAUACAUGCGCGAUUUCGCAACAGAAAUGUUCGCUUGUCCUUUUUCCUUGUUGUGUGUGUGUGCUGGCUGUUGUUGUUGGUGGUGGUGGUGGAUGGAUAGGUGUCAAUGCCCCUCCUUAUUUUUCUCUGUGGACGAACUUGACAAGAGAUAUCGAUCGAGUCAAGAAAAAGUGAAAGGGAAGGGAAGUGAGUGUCAGGGGAAACUGCACUCCAGGUCAGCCAAAUCAGGCCACCAGAGAGGCGGGCAACACGCUUUGUCCAUCUCACGUGUACACCCACAGUGCACAUGUCUAGGUCAAUUGUAGCUGUGUAGUAAGUCGUUUAAGCAGCGAAAGAUGGUGGAUGUAAUCGACCAAUGCACCAUGACUGUGAAAGUACCACUAUGUAAGCCUGAGUAACUUUUUCUUAGCGUAUGUAUGUGGCAAAUGUGGGGAGCAAUUGAAGAAAAAGGGAGGGACAGGGAACACAAACAUGACAGUGAGAAAGAAGGAAAAAGGCGCUGCAAUCGAAUGACCCCAUUCGCUCAUUUCCCCCAUCACCAGUACCAUCACCAGCAUCGUGUCCCCUCCUUUUGCAUCAAGCCUUCCUUCUCUCUCAUUCUUCAUUGACAUCUUCAUUGCAUAGAGAAUACCCUGCUCCUCCUUUCAUGACCCAUUGCUUUUUUUUUGACACCUACC